AUGAAUGGAAGCAACGCGUCAGUUGUGGUGGAUAUUGAGUCCGUCAAGUACCCGAUCCCCGUCCCCCUGUACUACAUCAUAGGAUCCGGGCUGCUCUUCGUCUUCAUUGUGGGAUCCUUUAUGAACUUUACAGGUCUAUUAGUCUUUGCCAAAAACAAGAACCUUCGAUCCCCGACAAAUAUUUUUAUACUCUCCUUGCUGACGGGAGAUUUUUUGAUGAGUUUGGGUUCGUUCAUAUCUAUGACGGCCCAUUUCAGCCGCUCCUAUUUCUGGGGAGACAGUGUAUGUAAAUUUGAGGGCUUCUGGAUGUACUUUACCGGCCUUACUAACAUGUAUACCCUUAUGGGCAUCUCUGUCGACAGAUACAUUGUCAUUGCCAAGCCCCUACAAGCAUCCAAAAUAACAACACGAGUUGCAUCAGUAGCCUGCUUGCUAAUCUGGUUCCAGGGGUUGUGCUGGUCCGUAUUUCCACAUCUUGGUUGGGGAAAGUAUACCUAUGAACCGGCGCGCACUUCCUGUUCCGUUGAAUGGGACACUGACAAUAUAGAAUCAGCCAGCUAUAACUUCUCUAUUUUCAUCUGGAGUUUAUUCAUGCCGUUACUGAUAAUCACGUACUGCUAUUACCAAGUGUUUAUGACGAUUCGUCACGUGGCUAGAAAUGGUGUUUGGGACAUGAGCAGCAGAAUUGCCAGAAAAAAUCUGAGAAUCGAAAAGAAGAUGUUCAGAACAAUAGUAUACAUGUUAUGUUCAUUUUUGGGUUCAUGGUCGGCAUAUAGCAUUGUAAGUCUAUGGGCCAUUUUUGGCAACGCCAAAGAUAUUCCUGUGUAUAUGGUGACGAUUCCUGCUGUGGUUGCCAAAUCGUCCUGCAUUUGGGAUCCCAUCAUCUAUGUGAGUACAAACAGGCAGUUCCGAAUGGCUUUCUAUAACACCUUACCUUGUUCAGGUCUCGGGCAAAUGUUGGUCAAAAGGGAGGAACAAAAGGAUAAGGAGGCAGAUGCCUCAGACGACGACGACGAGGCUGGACAGAAAACAGAAAGACCAGCUGUAAAGAAAGCAACUUUGGUAGCUCCAAUUGACGACGAAGCUGGAGAGACGACACAGGUGGAGAACUUACCAGGCACCACCAACACUCAACCAGGACCGUCCAACAAGUAGAUUUACUUACGCGCGAGGCACAUAAUCGUCUGAUCGAAAUCAGGGUUUUGUAUCCUACUUGAGGAUGGAAAACUGACGAAAACAAAUUGUAAUUUGAUGAGCGGUUAGUGAAAGCACCGGUUAAUGACAUAUCAAUAAUAUGUCUGACUUUGUUAUAUAAAAGAACAAUUAGAUAUCAAAAGGAAACGUGAAGGGGAUUUGAUAUCCUAUGUUCGCAAGUAAAACGUUUUCUGGUAGACGUAUAUCAUAAACAGAAUAGUGAUGUUGACUAGUUAGUGUCAAGUUUUGUGUCAAGUUUUAUUAUUUUGCAUGAUGUUAUUGUAAAUAUAACAUACAUGUAACAUAAAUCCAUUCAUAUUCAAAACAUUCGAAAACUAAAAAAAUAGCUAUAUUCGUUUCUUUAAAUAUAUAUAUAUAUGAUAUAUAUGUAUGUAUAAUUUAACUUCCUUGUGUACGUUAGUGCUACCAAUUACCUAUAUAUGCUUCCUGUAUGUAUAAUAAUUAUAUUGGUUAAUUUGAUCAUUAUAUAUACCCAUGUUUGACAAUUGGUCGCCGAUUGAGCACCAAAUAUUUAGAAGACAUAAGACAUUGCUUUCAACACACUUGUAUUCCUCUUUUUGUCUCACUAUAUUUCAGUUGA